GAUGGGAAAUAGAACAUACUGUUCCUGGUCGUCCAGAAACAGCGACUUCCCAAUCAGGAGGUAGUGGAGGUGAGCAGGGACCUGCUGAUCCAGAAGAUCAGGGGGGUGCCCACCUCAUUGAGACUGAAAAACUCUAAGAAUUCUUUGCUUGACCUCAGGCUCUUCCUUUGGCCGUUAUCCAGUUUUUCUGACCCUUGCUUUGGCCUUGGACUGUUAAUUGUCUGCUCCCUUGGACUAUUAACUUGUUGCUGACUUCCUUACCUUGAUACACAGACAUAUCCCUUUACCUCUGGCCCUUCUGGAUUGUGCUUAACAACUUGGCCUUUGAUUUCAUCCACUGUGCAUACAACCUACUUCUCUAACUCUGGUCCUUCAUAAAUUGACUCUCUUGUUACUUACCCUUCUUUCUCACCUAUUUCAGACCCUUCCCUCCCGACUGUAUCUAGGACAUAUUUGGAUAUUACUGAGUUAGAAAUGAACGAGUGGCUCUCACAUCUGCAGAGGGCUGGGUCACCUUUUGUUUCUGAUGAAAAGUUGCUGUAUCAAUGGCUUUGGAAUAUUCAGUUGCUAUCAGGCCCAAAGUGGAAAGAAUUCAUUGACCAAAUUAACAAGUUUGUAGAGAGCUACCAGCCAUGUCGAAGGGAAAACUGCAGCUGCCACCUUGGUGUCAUGGAGAAGGAUUUGGCCCCCUUCCAAGGAGGCAUCUCCAAAGAGGUGAUGGCCAAUGUGGUUAGCCGGAAAUUAGGGACACACUAUCAGAUCAUCAAGAACGAAUUGUACAGAGAACACGAUUGCAUGUUUCCUGCAAGGUGCAGUGGUGUAGAACACUUCAUUUUGGAAGUUAUUAAUCAUCUUCCUGACAUGGAGAUGGUGAUCAAUGUGCGGGAUUAUCCUCAGGUUCCUAAGUGGAUGGAACCUACCAUUCCAGUUUUCUCCUUCAGCAAGACCUCUGAGUACCAUGAUAUCAUGUAUCCUGCAUGGACAUUUUGGGAAGGGGGCCCUGCUGUUUGGCCAAUUUAUCCUACGGGUCUCGGGCGAUGGGAUCUCUUAAGAGAAGAUCUUGCAAGGUCUGCAGAGAAAUGGCCGUGGGAAAAGAAAGUAUCCAGAGGAUACUUCAGAGGAUCUAGGACAAGUCCAGAGCGAGAUCCCCUAAUUCUUCUAUCUCGGGAAAACCCAGGACUCGUUGAUGCAGAGUACACUAAGAAUCAGGCCUGGAAAUCUGAGAAAGAUACUCUUGGAAAACCACCUGCUAAGGAAGUCCCACUUGUGGAUCACUGCAAGUACAAAUACCUGUUUAAUUUUCGGGGUGUAGCUGCAAGUUUCCGGUUCAAACACCUCUUCCUGUGCGGCUCACUAGUCUUCCAUGUAGGUGAGGAAUGGCAAGAAUUCUUCUAUGCACAGCUUAAGCCAUGGGUUCAUUACAUCCCAGUCAAUACAGACCUCUCCAAUGUCAGGGAACUCCUACAGUUUGUGAAGGAAAAUGAUGAUCUAGCCCAAGAGAUUGCUGAGAGGGGGCGACAAUUUAUCAUCAACCACUUGCAGAUGGAUGACAUUUCCUGUUACUGGAAGAUUUUGUUGACUGAAUAUUCCAAAGCCUUGUCCUACAAAGUGAAGAAAAAGAGAGACUAUAGCAAAAUUUCUCCCAAACCUUUGAAAACAGAACUUUAAGAACUACUAUUAUCCUUG